CUCUCCGCGAACGGUGCGUCGACUCGCGCGCGUGUCAGUUACUUAAAAGCCUUCUGGACGCCACUUUACGGCGUAGCCACGGCCGCAUCGUAGUCGCAUCGUAGCGUUUCGCGAAACUGCAUCGUGCUGCAUCGUGGCCUCGUUAAGUGCGCUUCGCCAUCGCCAUGCACCGGUGAUGUAGACUCGUCGAUGGACGCGCCGAAGGGUGUCUAAGCUUGAGGAAAGUGUGAACGCGCGGAGGGGUGCCGGGUGUCGCUAGCAGGGUCGACAAUCGAGGCCGAGAUCGCGAGACGAUAUGACGCGAGAGAUGACAAUAAACAACAGGGAGAAAUAGGCGUUAUAUUUCGAGAUCAUUGAAAAAGAGGAUAUAUCGGUGCCGCCACAAGAAAGAGAGAGAGUUAGUCCUUCUGGACUUGGUGGUGUGAAAAGAUAAGAAAGUCUGAGAAACGCGGCUGAAUCAGCUUACGCUAAUCGGCCGUCUUUUGGUGCUCGAGGAAGCCUCGAUAUGACACGAAGCUGAAGACGAAGUGCAAAGGAGAUUCCGCCGCUGUCAGCAUGUGGACGAAUCACUUGAUAGUGGCGGCAAUUGUACUCGCGGUUGUCAACGUCUGUCAUGCGGAGUGCCAGACUCGCUCCGUUUACUGUUAUGAGUGCGACUCAUGGACGGAUCUCAGGUGCAAGGAUCCUUUCAACUACACGGCAUUACCCAGGGACCAGCCGCCCCUGAUGACGUGUAACGGAUGCUGCGUGAAAAUGGUCCGCAACGCGAAAUCACCGUACGAGAGCGUGAGGAGAACCUGCACCUCGCAGCUACAAAUAAACUUAUUCAUGGUGGACCACGUGUGCAUGAUGGAAAGUACCGGCACUGGUCACAUGUGCUUCUGUGAGGAGGAUAUGUGCAAUCGUGUACCCCCGACCUCGCGCUCGAAUCCCGUACUCCUGCUGAUCCUGUCGACCAUCCUUGUUCUGCGCUCGGCCGUCUUAGGAGCCUCCGCUUGCUUUGUAGAACGUUGCAAUGAUCACGUCGUAUAACACCAAUUAACUCGAUCCACCCAUCGCAGUGGCGUCCAAUCAUAUCCUUCGUAGAGAUUCUAGCGAGUCGACAACACGACCACUUGUCGGAACGAACGAUCGAGCUGGCUUCGAUCCCGAAAGAAGGCUAGAUCCUUCGUCGUGCAAAAGAAAGUAAUAGUAAGUCGGUGGUAAGCAGCGGGACGGAGACGAUCGACGCAUCAGUACAGAGUUUAUCAUUAAUUUCGUGCCUCUUUAAAAAGCGUGUUAUCGAUUGGAUCGCAGAUAGAGAUGGAAUAUAUUUGUAUGAUACAUAAAAAUUUUAUCAAAGUUGCAUAUCUCGCGGUAGAUAAUAUAUACGCAUCACGAGGAAUGCGCGCGAAUGUUGAGUUCGAUACAUAUUGAGCGUUGGAAGGAGACAUGAAUAGCAAAUAAUAUUCAUUCAUCUAUUCUUCUAAGAAAUAUUAUCGUAUUAACUACUGCAUCGCAGAGUUCGAAUUAAUUUCGAUUUAUAUAUAUAUUUUUAAUGUAAAAAAAACUGAUAUUAAAUUGCAAUUGUAACAGUGCUUGUUUUAGUACAGAUCCCGUUCUAAAUAUUGGAUUGAAUCAUCGUAAUGUCUAUCUGGUUAACGGAUAGCGUUCGAUUUUCUCGUUUUCGAUGAUCGAUAAUUUCGAGAGUUCUACUAUAAGAGAGUGGCCCCCUGAUUUAUGUGCAUCGUUCGUUCCGAUCACUGGCCUUAGCAUCGAGAUUACCUAGGAGUUUCUCGUGUAGAAAUCAUCCCGAUUGUCCAGUCGAUUUCUCGGACGAUCUCGGCGCGAGCUCCGAGUUCUCCGUUAGUUGCUCAUCGAGCAAGCACGGCUGGCAUCGUUACAAUGCAUUCGUGAUAAACUCUGAGGAAGGAACCUCAGUGAAAAGAAAAGAUUGUUAUCAUGUGAAAUUAAUAUUGAGUUACUAUUGAUUUUAAAUAAUCUGAAUAAUAAGUCUAAAACAAUCUUUGUAACAAAACUGAGGUAAUUUGCGUAAUCUUAUCUUAUUUCAGCUCUCUUUUCCAGUUAAUUUUGUAUUAUUCAAAUUAUUAUAAGUUAUUUCUCUAUAGUAUAUAUAAUUUUGAAAUUUUUUUCAUUUAUAUCAGUGUUAUAUAUUGAUGUUUUAGUGAUAUCAAAAUAUUAUAAUAAAAUUAUUAUAAAUCAUAAAU